AUGGCUCUUCUUGGCUGCUGUUUGUUGUUUGCUUAUGAUACGGUUAAGAAGCAUUUGACGCCUAAACCUGGAGAACAGCCCAAACUGCCCAUACCUGCAUCUCCAAUUGCAGGUGCUAUUGCUGGAAUUAGCUCUACUUUAUGCACCUACCCACUUGAGUUGCUCAAAACUCGACUAACCGUCCAGAGGGGUGAUUACAAGAAUCUUCUAGAUGCUUUUCUGAAAAUUGUGCAAGAAGAGGGACCUGCAGAGCUGUACCGGGGCCUUACCCCCAGUAUAAUUGGAGUAAUCCCAUACGCUGCCACCAAUUAUUUUGCUUAUGAUUCAUUGAGGAAAGGUUACAAGAAGGUUUUCGAUCAGGAGGAAAUUGGAAAUGUUGCAACCCUCUUAAUCGGAGCAGCAUCAGGUGCAAUUUCAAGUAGUGCAACUUUUCCUCUGGAGGUUGCUCGGAAACAUAUGCAAGCCGGUGCUAUCAAUGGAAGACAGUACGAGAACAUGCUUCAUGCCCUUGUAAGUAUACUUGAGAUGGAAGGUGUUCCUGGUCUAUACAAGGGUUUGGGACCAAGCUGCAUGAAAUUGGUCCCUGCUGCUGGAAUUUCUUUCAUGUGCUAUGAGGCGUGCAAGAAGAUACUGGUUGAGGAAGAAGAGGAUCCAUAAAGAUGGAAAAGGAAAUUUGAGCUUUUUGUCAUGAGACAUUUGAUUAUUUUUGAAAAUCUUUACUAUUUUUGGGGAGGAAAAUUUCAAAUGUAAACUAUAGAAAGGGAAAAUCUCAGUUGAUGUGCUCCAAUUACCAGAAAUAUUCAGAGGAGGUGCUGUGUUGCUCUUAAGUUGCCACCUUUAUGGUCCGUUUAGUAGAGUGGAUGAGUGAUACACUUUUUAUCCUUCAAGGGAAAAAUCAUAUCUUCUCUUCUUUGUGUUCGGUAA